AGAGUUCAUUCACGACCAGACGGAGCUCGGUGGAGCGCGCGCUUCACGGGGAAACCCCCAAAAACAAACACGCGACACGCGCUCACAUCUCGGUCCUGCGGCACAAUUUGGGAUUACGUCGAGGAGGAGAACGUUCUUCAUCACCGAAAGGAUUCCUAUUCGGUCUUUUUUUUUUUUUUUUUUUUAAACAAUAUUUUUUUUUUUUUUUUUUUUUUUUUUUUUUUUACAAUUGUUGUUGUUUUAUAUCACGUUGACGGCGCGUGCACGAUGCAGCGAACAUAAAGGAGAAACCGAGUCUUCAUUUUCGAUCACUUGGAACGCGAUGAUCGAGUCGGUCGCGUUUCGGGGAUCUCGACUCGACCGCGCCAGCGACCGUGUGUGCGGUCCGACCCUCCAUGGGAAGCAGUGAAAGCGCGCGUGAGCGGAGAUGAGAGCCGCGCUCUGCUGCCUCCUCGCGUGCUGCUGCUGCUGCUGCUGCUUCUCCGUGCCGCACGCCGCCGCCGCCGCAACCGGGGAGGCGCUGAUUCCUCGAGAGCUCAUCGAGAGACUGUCCAACAGCGAGAUCCGCACCAUGAGUGACCUCCAGCGGCUUCUGGAGUUGCACACUGCAGAGAACGAGGUGGUUCAGGAGACUAAACGGCGCUACAGCAAAGAACAUCUCGACCACAACACCAACCUCAAGAGCUCACACACACGCCCGAGACACAAGAGGAGCAUUGAGGAAGCAGUCCCGGCUGCGUGCAAGACUCGGACGGAGGUGUACGAGAUCCCACGUUCUCAGGUGGACCCUACAGCUGCGAACUUCCUCAUCUGGCCACCAUGCGUAGAGGUGGCACGGUGCUCAGGCUGCUGCAACACCAGCACCAUGCGCUGCCAUGCUAGCAAAAAACAACACCGGAGUGUCAAGGUGGCUAAGAUCGAGUAUGUGCGUCGCAAACCGAAACUGCGGGAGGUGCAGGUGCAGCUGGAGGAUCAUCUGGAGUGUGUGUGCAUGUCCAAACACCACACAGAGUCCCGCUUACACACAGGCCACUCUAGGGCGAGAGAUAAAAAGAGGAAAAGGAUACAGGAAAAGUCGGACAAAAAAAAAAAUCUGAAAAAGCGUACACUUUCGGGUCUUAGUCUAACGUUGCCGCCAGACUGAGUUGGCAGGUAGGAGAUGUACGGUGAAUCUGACUGGAUCGACUUGGAGAGUGUGUGGUGAUAAAGAAGGGCAAGCCAUCUUGUCUAAUCAAAACUGAUUCUAUCUGACAUCAUCCAGAGAAAAGGCAGCCCGAGCAAACAAUCACCACAAUCCACUCACCUUGGCCUGGAUUAAGCUAAACGGACCGUUGCGGAGCUUUCAGACUUUUUGGACUGGAUGUCUCUUGGACUUUUUGAUUAAAAAAAAAAAAGACGCAAAUUCAGCUGAUGGACGGAAUUUUUUUUUUUUUUUUUUUUUUUGGUCAAAACUAUAAAGACUGCAGAUUUUCCUCGGCUUCGGCGUGGAGUCUGAAUGCUCAUAACGGACGGUCCCGGCUUGGAUCUUGGAUCUACCAUAUAAUGGACAGACACAACUAUUCACUUCUAUAGCAAGAUUCCUUUCUUCCAGCAAACACUUUUUUCAGUAUACACUCUUAUUUUUGUAGCCCCAUUUUCUAUUCAGAUUCAUAUGCUGUAUGUACAGUAGAAAAAAAAAACAGCCUCCAAUAGCCUUUAAUAAACUAUUUAUAAGUGCA